UUAAAAAUGUCUUUUUAUCAUUUUUUUUUUAAAUAAAGAGUUAAGCUAAAAAGAGAUAAAAAUAAAGAAAAAAAAUUUUAUAAAAAGCUUGAUCAAAAAUACAAAAAAAAAGGAGAAUGUCGAAAUUUUGGAUAGGGUUAAGAAUUACGCUGGUAUUCUUAAUAAUUUCUCAAGUUUUGGGUUCUAACUGCAACAAACCAACUGGUAAAGAUUGCUCUUGGUACAAAAAUUGUUUGGAAAAAACAAUUCCUUGUGGCUCUCGAGGAUAUGCAUUAAACUAUGCUUUAAGUUACUGUAAUAAAUACGAAGCAAAUCUUCAUAAAUUUUCUUUAAAAGGACGGAUGUGGGUUGCUGCAGUAAAAAAGUGUCUUCAAGUCAAACUUGCUUUUUUAUUACAAAGCAAAGUUAAAGGAAAACUCAAUUGCGCUUUUAUUAAGCAAUAUGCUUUUCAUUCGCAUUUACCGUGUUACGUUGAUCCAACUGGUUUUGGAACGUAUUCGUUCUGUAGCUUAAGUGUAAAGGACAAGUAUCAAGUUGUCAACACCAUCAAGGGAGCUUUUCUAUCUGAAUUUAUGGCGAGUGUUAAAGGGGGAAAGGAUUUAAUGAACAAAUGUUGGUUCAACAAUUAAAAAAAUUUGUUUAAGUUGCAUUUUGUAAACUAUCAUAAAUUAAGAAAAAUAUAACUUUUUGCUAA